ACUUCCCCUUGACUUCAAAAACUUAAUAUGAAAAGGUUACAACUGUGCGUCUAUAUUACAUAAUUUUUUAAACAUUACACAACAUUAAACAUAAGUUGCAAACAUAUCACAGUCCUUAUUCUUAUUACAUGCCUAUUACAAAACAUAUUCAUAACAAGUAGCAAAACACAUUUAUCACAGCCUUAUUACAUGCCUAUCACAGUUCAUAACAUGCCUACAAAAAUAUUACAUACAUUACAGUUAAAUAUCACUGUUAGUAUCCAAAAUGCAACAAUACCUACUAGCAAAACAAAAAUAUUUAACAAGGCCUAACACAUAAAUCAUGCCUAAACAUACAAUGUUGUUUUGAAUUUAAACACUUUGUUAGUACAUCUGCAAUCAUUUUCUCUGUACAUAGAUAUUUAACAGUCAUAAAACCUUUCUGAACUAAAUCCUUAAUAAAAUGAUAGCGCACAUCAAUGUGUUUUGUUCUUUUAUGACUAAUAUCUUUAUUUUCAAUAAUUGACAACAUUUCGAAAAUUUCAAUAUCCCUAAAUCGAAAACCAUUUCGAGAGGGGCUCCUGUAGAUUACAAAAAAAUAUAUUUUAUAUAUUUUUUACGAUUUUUGUAUUCAAAAUCUCUAAAAAUAGUUAAAACGGAAAUUGACGUCACCCAGCUGCUUCAGUUCUGCCACUACAAGCAAAGAAAUGACUUCCGAUUGGGUUGACAUUGUCAUUGUCACUUCACUACCAGUGACACUUGACAAUGGUUUACUAACAGUUCACAUUGUUCGGAUAUUUUUCUUGUGUGAUUUUAUUAUUUACGACACUGAAUUAUCACGACUUUCCAAACGACCCUGCAUUUUAAUGGACUCUACGGUACUUUCUUUAACCAUGACCUAUUUAUACUCCCACAAUAGGUAACCUAGCUACCUUUAAGAACGUCCCGGCAUUUCAACCGACGCUCUUCUACCUACGUAUUCUCUACUUCUGUUUAGAACCAGACAUGAGAAAUUCUGAGGGAUUUGUACAGGCUGAUAGCACGAACUUGCCUCGAGUGGAGACAAUCAUGAUGAUAGAGUUUAUGCAAAACUCUGAAAAAUAUAAUUUGGCUGGCAUUAGAGGUGCCAAAGCCUCAUUAUCUUCGCGGGCAUCUUAUGUCCAGAAUGCAGUGGGGUAUGUUGAAAUAAAACGUAAGAAAGAUAUAUGUUUUGUUCAGUGCCGAAUAACCCCAGAACAUAAGGUACACAAUAAAAUGUACCAAGUGUCGGCGGAAGUCAACGAAACGGAAGAAAAAAUUGUUAACGUUAUAUGUCACGACUGUGCAGCGUCAGAAGGUGGCUGUAAACAUGCUCUUUGUUUACUUAUGUGGCUGGUAAAAAGAACCGAAGAGCCCAGCACAACAUCAACUGUUUGUUAUUGGAAGAGACCUGUUUUAAGUGCAGCAGUUACUCAAGGCAAAUUUAUAUUAUGUUCAGCUAUGGGGAAACGAAAACAGUAUGAAUGUAAUGCCCAUGUACCAAGUUUACAAGACUUUUUAGAAGAAGCUAGAAAUCAUAAAAUGAAUGACUGCCUUAUAAUGGAUUACAACAUUCACGAAAAAAGUGUCCAUGACUAUUGCAUUUUCCAAAUUAUGCUGAACUAUGUUUCAAAAGAAAGAGGUUUACUAAACUUUACAAACUUUAAAGCUUACGCAAAUAACAUUAUAACCGACAAGGUUAUAGCACUGGUUGAGAGCAGGACCAGAGAACAAGUGAAUAGUAAAUCGUGGCAUUCAUUAAGGCAGUCAAGGGUGACUGCUUCAAAGAUAUAUGAGGCAACAAAAUGCAGGACUGAGGAGGGUGCAUUAGUGCAAUCUAUCAUGGGGGGAUAUAAAGUUCCUGAAACUGCUGCCAUCAAAAGAGGGAAAAAGCUAGAAAAUGAAGUUCUUAGAGUAAUUGAAAAAGAUUUGAAGGUGGCAAUACAUAAGAGUGGAUUUGUGUUGGUUACACCUCUGAUUGGUGCAUCUCCAGAUGGAAUCAGCAAAGACUUCAUUGUCGAGGUGAAAUAUCCCUCAACUGCUAAAACUAUGGAAAACUAUAUAAACAAGAAUGUUUCAACACAGUGGCCCACUGUGGAAGUACUGGGCCCCACAAUAUUUGUCACUUCCCUCAUUGGUGAUCGAAAAACUGGCACGCGAGGCUUUAACCGUGCGUUCACGUUCAUCGUCUUCCAAUAUAAAUAG